AAUAGAUAUUACCCUUAUCCUAUCUCUCGUCCUGUCCACGUUGUCAAUGUUCUAUCCAUCACAAACAACAUUCAGAAGCAGAAAGAAACUCAGCUUCUUUAUUUGCAGCUUUUCUAGUUAACACACUCGCGCCAUGGCCACGAAACCCAUCUUCCCUAUCCAAUCCAAUUCAAAACCCUCACUAUAAACUACUUCUUCAAAAAAUUUCUACAAUUUCUCAAUCCCAACCAUGGCCUCGUCGUCGCUCUGUUCCUCCUUCUCCUCCAAAACGUGGAACCCGCACGCACUUUGUCACCACAAAACCCUAACUCCAUGGGCUUCAGCUUUUCUUCGCGGAUACAUCCAGCUCCAUCCGCCGUCGAUUUCCGGCACACGCCGGAGCAGGAUGCGUCCAUCGGGUGUAGUAGCGUCCCUCGGAGGAUUGCUUGGCGGCAUAUUCAAAGGCGCUGACACGGGAGAAUCCACGCGACAGCAGUACGCGGCAACCGUUAACAUUAUCAACGGAUUGGAACCAGAGAUUUCCGCAUUGUCGGAUUCGGAACUGAGGGAGAGGACUUUUGCGCUUCGAGAACGCGUGCAACAGGGCCAAUCUUUGGAUUCUAUCUUACCGGAGGCUUUUGCUGUGGUGAGAGAAGCUUCGAAGAGGGUUUUGGGCCUCCGACCCUUCGAUGUCCAGCUUAUAGGAGGCAUGGUUCUUCAUAAGGGGGAAAUAGCUGAAAUGAGGACUGGAGAAGGGAAGACACUGGUUGCAGUUUUGCCUGCUUAUUUAAAUGCAUUGAGUGGGAAGGGAGUUCAUGUUGUGACUGUCAAUGAUUAUCUGGCACGGCGGGAUUGUGAGUGGGUUGGUCAGGUUCCACGCUUUCUUGGAUUGAAGGUUGGCCUCAUUCAGCAGAAUAUGACAAGUCAGCAAAGAAAGGAAAAUUACUCAUGUGAUAUAACAUAUGUCACUAAUAGUGAGCUUGGUUUUGAUUACUUGAGAGACAAUCUUGCCACGAGUGUCGAAGAUCUUGUCGUAAGGGGUUUCAAUUACUGUAUCAUCGACGAGGUUGAUUCAAUUCUUAUUGAUGAAGCUAGAACACCACUUAUUAUAUCAGGACCUGCAGAGAAACCCAGUGAUAGAUAUUAUAAGGCUGCAAAGAUUGCAGAAGCAUUUGAGCGAGACAUACAUUACACUGUGGAUGAAAAACAAAAAACAGUUCUACUUUCUGAGCAGGGUUAUGAAGAUGCUGAAGAAAUUUUGGCUGUCAAAGAUUUAUAUGAUCCACGAGAGCAGUGGGCUUCAUAUAUCCUAAAUGCAAUAAAAGCAAAAGAACUAUUUCUUCGGGAUGUAAACUACAUAGUUCGUGGAAAAGAGGUCUUUAUUGUUGAUGAGUUUACUGGUCGAGUCAUGCAGGGGAGAAGGUGGAGUGAUGGUCUUCACCAAGCAGUNGAGGCAAAAGAAGGGCUGCCAAUUCAAAAUGAAACUGUCACGCUGGCUUCCAUCAGUUACCAGAAUUUCUUUCUUCAGUUUCCCAAACUUUGUGGUAUGACUGGCACUGCAGCAACAGAAAGCACAGAAUUUGAGAGUAUUUACAAGCUUAAAGUUACAAUUGUGCCAACAAACAAGCCUAUGAUAAGAAAGGAGGAAUGUGUGUGUGUGUGUGUGCGCGCGCAACGUAUGUGUAAAUUAUUAUAUUUUCGAGAUAGUGCAGAUGGAUUACUUCCAUUUAAAGAUGAAUCUGAUGUAGUUUUUAGGGCAACUCCAGGGAAAUGGCGUGCAGUUGUAGUGGAAAUCUCUAGGAUGCACAAAACUGGUCGCCCAGUGCUUGUUGGCACGACUAGUGUUGAGCAGAGUGAUUCUUUGUCNGAGCUAUUGAAAGAAGCUGAAAUUCCGCAUGAGGUUCNUAAUGCAAAACCAGAAAAUGUUGAGAGGGAAGCAGAAAUUGUAGCUCAGAGUGGUCGUCUUGGGGCAGUGACAAUUGCAACCAAUAUGGCUGGUCGUGGGACAGAUAUAAUCCUUGGUGGUAAUGUACUUGAUAAGAGUUUAGUUUCUGUAUAUUGCUACAUGUUGAAUGAUUUAACCCCUGAUUUGCUGAAGAACAAGUGUUCGGACUAUGAAGAAUUGCGGAAUUAUCUCCGUCUUCGUGGUCGUGAAGCCUACAAGCAGAAAAGGGAAACGGUGGAGGAACAAGCAGCAGGCUUGAUGAAAGAAGCAGAGCGGUUCCUAAUCUUGAGCAAUAUUGAUCGCUUGUGGAAAGAACAUCUUCAAGCACUAAAAUUUGUUCAGCAAGCCGUAGGGCUACGGGGAUAUGCGCAGCGCGAUCCACUUAUUGAAUACAAACUUGAAGGCUAUAACCUUUUCUUGGAUAUGAUGGCACAAAUAAGAAGAAAUGUCAUAUAUUCCGUAUAUCAGUUCCAACCUGUGUUGGUAAAGCAAGAUCAAGAGAAAACAGAGAAUGGGAAAUCAGGAAAACGUAAAGCACGCAGUCGGGUUAACCCAAAUCCCGAUCCAGUUGGCACCAUCGAGCCUUCAACAUCAAGUACAGCGUCCUAAAACAGCAAUGAAGACUAUAUUUAUCAGGAGUUACUGAACAAGAGGAAUCGACGAAAGCUUCAGUUAGUUCUCAAUGUUUGUAGCAAUUUAUUGUAGAGAUUUUCAUAUGGUCAAAAUAAAUUUACAUAUGUAUAGUAAUUCGUAAAUUUAGGAGAAAGAAUAUAUUUCUUAUUAUUUGUCUGUUUACAUACAAGCGUUUAAUGAAAUAAAAGGAGCUUAUUCUAGGGAA